UUUGGAGUCGGGUCGUACACCGUUCACCUAUAACAUCUUAUAUUUACACACAUCGUAUUUUUGUAAAAUAAGUUACGUUAAAUAAAGAUUUUAGUACACUUUAUACAUCACGUAUUCAUUCUCACGCUGAUGCAUGAAUCGACCAAGUCGAGACAUAACAAUUAUAUGUAUUAUGUCUUUAUCUACAUAAAUAAUUCUCUCAGCUCGGAUAACACUUUUGUCCGUCCUACUCCAGCACUUCAUGUGCGUAUGUCUCAGGAUAUAGUAACGUGGUCGUACGUGGCGGACUAUUUAUUUAUUAUAAUGUUUUAAAUUUAAAUUUUGAGUAUUUUUAAGACUAAUAUAUAAAUUGUGUUAUUGUCUAAUUUUAAAUUACAAAUACAUUAACAACAAAUCAACGUAUUUCCCCUUUGGUUAUCAUACAAGUCUGCAGUUAAAUCAAGUUGACCGUUGGCCACUACGCGUCUCUCACACGACACAUCUUAAUGAUAUUUUAAUAUCAUCGUCGAAUUCACGUUUCAUCUGGCGAUCAUAAACCCAUUGUCGCAACGUUUCCUGAGUCCAAUCAAUCGUUUUUACACGCACAUCCGUCGUAUUAUUAUUAUUAUUGUUUAUAAUAAGCUGUAGAGUGAGUAUAGACGUUUGGAAUAUGUCCUUUAACUACAACAGGUACGGUGAUGUGGUGGUGUACGUGGAUGGCGCCUGUCCGGGUAACGGUACGCGAUACGCGCGUGCCGGCGUCGGCGUUUGGUUUGACGACGAUCAUGAACUGAACUUGUCAUUACGCGUGCCCGGUGUCCAGACUAACAAUAACGCUGAGAUAUAUGCUGCAAUUAAAGCCAUUGAUAUACUUCUUGACUACAACGAAUAUUGUGUAGAAAUAAUGACUGAUUCUAUGUUUUUAAUCAAUUGUAUGACAAAGUGGAUCAAUAAAUGGAAGCUCAAUGGUUGGAAGAAUUGUAAUGGUAGAACAGUGGCCAACAAGGAAAUGCUGCUAAAACUAGACAGUCUCAUAAAUGAUAUGGAUGUUGUUGAAUUUACUUACAUACGAGGACAUAAUGAAGAUUAUGGAAAUGAGCAAGCAGAUAUGUUAGCUCGUCAAGCAGCAGAUCAAUUUUACUGAAUUAAAAGUCUUUUAAUUAUCAAUGUCUUUGUAAAGUUGAAGUCCAGUUUAUUAAGUUUUAAAUUUAACAAAAAAAUAAGAAAAACAACAGGUUUUUCAAAAUAAUUUAUCCAUUAUGAUAUAGUAGUAUGUGACAAUUUGUUAUUUUAUUCAUAAUUAUAUAUUGAAGAAGAGUAAAGAGUUUAAUGUUAAAGUUUAUUAUAUAACUAUGAUAUUUUUAUUUCUAUUUAUUGUAUCUAAAAAAGAUAUUUUAUUGAAAUG